UGAUAAUUUUGUUUUUCGCUGUAACUUGUGGAUGCGUGUUGUGAAUUAUGAUCGCAAAAUCCAAUUUGCCAUGUUAUUUACGAUAGUAAAUAGUAUUAUUGAAUAAAGUAGAUGUAGUUUGUGUUAUAUAUAUGUGCAAUAAUAGUUGAAGUGCUAUCCAAGUGGAGCUGUUAAGGAAAUUGCUUGCCAUGGCGGGCCCGUCGGACGGGGACCCGGACGGCUGGGCCGAGUUCUGUGAGCGUCAGGCCAAGACCGCCGCGCAAGACUUCGCCCGGGCUUGCCUGCAGUAUGUAAACAGCACAGAGUCCACACAUCCAGCAGUCUCCCACAAAGACCUGUUGAAGAAAUUCGUAGAAUGUUUCUCAGAGCAUUUCGAGGCCGACUUUUGCAAGAUGAAAAUUCAGCAGAAGGUUCCAAACGGCACCCACGGACUGCAUGACGAGAGUGACUACUCGGAAGACGCGGAAUCACCUAAAACCCAACACAAGCCUUUCUUUAGAAGAUUGUCUUUCAAGGGGCUACGGAGAGGCAAAGGCUUGUUCCACAAACAGCACUCAGAUGAAGUAGAAUUAUCCUCUAAUUUAAAUAAGCAAAAUAAGACUAAACUAGCAAAGAUAGUGGUAGAGUGUAGAAAAGAAGGUUAUGUAAACUAUUUAACUCCCGAGAGUCUGGAGCAGCCGAGUGGGCCUCAGAAGUGGGAGAAAUGCCGACUUGCUCUCGUGAAGACUGUUGGAGGCUACAUGUUAGAGUUCUACUCUCCUCCCAAGUCACAGAAGCCACGGAGCGGUGUCUUUUGUUUCUUAAUAACAGAAGCUAGAGAAACUACAGCAUUAGAGAUGCCAGACCAUGAGAAUACAUUUGUAUUAAAGGCGGACAACAACAUGGAGUACGUAAUAGAGGCAGCGGACGUGGACGACAUGAAGUCCUGGCUGGCCACCAUCAAGUACUGCAUGCGGUCGCCGCCGACGUCGCAGCCGCCGCCGGACGCGCUGCCCGGCGCCCCCGAGCCCGCGCCGCCCGACCUGCCGCCCAGGAGGGACCUGCCCGGCAGCUCGAGUAAUGUGGACCUGACAACGGAUACGCCUGAGGAGGGAGAGCUAGGUUCAAUAGCCGAGGAGACCUCGUGCGAGGCGGGCUCGCGUAUCUCUCUCGCCGAGUGGCCGUGGUUCCACGGGACGCUCGCGCGCGCGGCCGCCGCGGCGUGCGUGCUGGCCGGCGGGCCCAGCGCGCACGGCUGCUACCUGGUCAGGCAGAGCGAGACGAGGAGGGGGGAGUAUGUGCUCACCUUCAACUUCCAGGGCCGAGCGAAACACCUCCGCAUGACGCUGAGCGAGAUGGGCCAGUGCCGCGUGCAGCACCUGUGGUUCCCGAACGUGCACGACAUGCUGGAACACUUCCGCGCGCACCCCAUCCCGCUGGAGUCGGGCGGCGCGGCCGACGUCACGCUCACCGAGUACGUGGUCAGCCCCGACACGGCGCGGCAACAAUUGGGCGUAACGCACGGCAGCGACGUGCGCAUGCGCCGCGCCGAGCUGGAGGCUCUGCUGGCGGCCAGCGGCGGCGGCGACCUGCGCGCCGUCGACAACCAGUACAGCUUCGUGUAGACUACGGCUACAUACGGUUACUUACGGUACAAGAGUAGCACG